GGGGGGUCAUUACAGAAAUGUCGGUCAUUCAUAAUGAGGGACAACAAUACUGCCUUGAAGCCUUUUAAAACACCCCACGCUCCUUCCGACGAGCUGUUUUUAUCCGUUUGAUAAGCCAACGCGCAUUACUUUGCGCAGCUGCGCCAGAAGAUGGAUGUGAACUCCAAACUCUGCGGCGUUCUGACCUGUAUCCUCCAGGCGCUUCUGUUGUCAAUGUCAUCGGCCACCCUCCAGCCCUUCGAUCUGCUUUAUGAUAACGGAGUGGAGGCUUUUUAUAAAGGGGACUUUGGGGAUGUAGUGCGGUACAUGGAGAGCGCGCUGAGCAGUUUCUCUGAAGUGCGCGAGACCAGGAUCAGUUGCAGGCUGAGAUGCAGAAAUCAUCAUCGCUUUGGUGACUUUCAGAUCGAGGAGGCUUUCUUCGAAGUGAUUCUUCAUAGGGCGCAUUGCAUGAAUGAAUGCAUCGACAGAAAGCUGGGGGCUCAGUCCAUGCAUAAAGUUAGUGAUGAUGUCAUUCAAGAUUUCAACAGGAGAAUUCCUUACAACUACCUGCAGCUGGCCUACAGAAAGCUCGGACAGCUGGAUAAAGCUGCAUCCGCCGCUCACACGUAUUUCCAGGCCAACCCUGAGCAUGUUGAGAUGGGCGAAGACUUGGAGCAAUACAAAGCCAUGCAGGGCGUAAAAGAGGAACAUUUAAUUGACCGGGAAGCUCGUCCGCAUCAGAAAGCCUUCUUUGCUGGAGUAAAGCUCUACGAUGAAGGCAACUACGAAGGGGCGGUGACCUUUUUCGAAGGGGCUUUGGAAGAGUAUUACCGCGCCGAUGUGGAGUGUCAGGCCCUCUGCGAAGGGCCACAUCACUUUCAGGAACAGGAUCAUGUUUUGUACAGAUACAGCCUCAACGAGUUGAUCUCAGAUCAUUACAUGCAAGUCCUUCACUGUGAGCACGAGUGUGUCCGCGACCUAGCCACCCGUCCCGGUCGCCUGUCCCCGAUGGAGAACUACCUGCCCCUGCAUUAUGACUACCUGCAGUUUGCCUAUUUCCAAAUGGGCAGGACUGAUGAGGCUUUGGCGUGUGCACUCACAUACCUGUUGUUCCAUGAAGAGGACGAGUUCAUGACUGAGAAUGUUGAAUAUUACAGGGAGAUACUGGAACAUGAUGGCCAACCUCGUAAGGAAGCUGAACAGUACCUGAGACGACACAAACAGGAAUCAGACCUGCUUCUGAUUGGCAGCGACAACCUCGGUGUGCCCUACAUUGAAGGGAACUACUGGAGCAGUACAGGGGGUCGAGAAGAUGCUAACAGGAUUCCUUCAGGUACAGAUGGCUGGAUGGACUAUGUGCCGAUUUCAGCAAAGAAGAACAUUACGGCAGCUAUAGCACAAGACCUUAGAGAUGGAGGUCCAUUGCUGUAUGAGAACGUGAGGCUCGUGCUGAACUCUCAAGCUUUGAAUGGAUCACAGAGGGUGGUUCUUGAUGAUGUCAUCACUGAUGACGAGUGCUCUGAGCUCAGUCAUCUGGCACAUAGUGUCACCGCAGCAGGUGACGGCUACAAGGGGAAAAUGUCUCCCCACACACCCAAUGAGAAAUUUGAAGGAGCGACUGUAUUGAAAACCUUAAAGUAUGGAUAUGAGGGACGUGUACCUUUAAAAAGUGCCCGCCUCUUUUAUGACAUCAGCGAGAAGGCCAGGAGUAUCAUCGAGUCAUACUUCGUGCUCAAUUCCACUCUGCAUUUCUCAUACACACAUCUGGUGUGUAGGACAGCCAUAUCUGGGCAACAGGAAUACAGGAACGACCUCAGCCACCCAAUACAUGCUGAUAACUGUCUUUUAGACCCAGAGGCCAAUGAGUGCUGGAAAGAGCCACCUGCGUAUACCUAUCGAGACUACAGUGCUCUGCUCUACCUGAAUGGAGAUUUUGAUGGCGGAGAAUUCAUUUUUACAGAAAUGGAUGCCAAAACUGUCACUGCCUCGGUUAAGCCCAGGUGCGGGCGGUUGGUCGGGUUCUCAUCAGGCGGAGAGAAUCCGCAUGGCGUGCGUGCCGUCACUAGGGGGCAGCGAUGCGCUGUGGCACUCUGGUUCACUUUAGACCCUCUCUACAGGGAGCUGGAGAGGCUUCAAGCGGACGAGGUGAUUCAAGCUCUCGAUCACGAGCACAUGUGGGAUCGCGACCUGCAUAUAAACCCAAAAGACGAGUUAUAGUCCGACAACCAGCGGGAGACAAAGCACAGGGUUCAUGUCAAUACCUAUUUAUUGAAUGAUCAAAAUGAUUUUAUUUUUUUACUGUUUGAUGUGAUGGUGUUUUUUUGUUUGUUUGUUUGUCUGGGUGAAUAUUAUUAUUUAGACCUCACGGUUUCAGUCACAUUGUGAUUUGCAUUGCAACUACUAGCUUUCAUCCUUUAAAAGAAACAGGGAGGAAAAUAAAUACAAAUGACAUUAUUAUUAAUCAGAAUCAGAAGAGCUUUAUUGCCAAGUGUGCUUGCACACACAAGGAAUUUUCUUUGGUGUUGGAAGCUUCUAGUACACACAUUCAACACAAUGACAAUACAAUAUAAUAAGAUUUACAGUCUAAAAGAUUCUAAAAGAUGCAUAUAUAAAAUAAUAUUAUUAUGAAAGAGUGAAUUGAUCAUAUUUAUACUCUUUAGAAAUCUUUAAUUUUCAACUUUAUUAAACUAGACAUUAUUCAAGAAACCGAACGAAACAGACUAUGAAACAAUGAAAAUUUGCACAGUUUUAUAUUUACUGUACAUACGUAUAAGAUUGAAGUAGCUGUCGGUUUAUUUCCUUUGCCUUUAAUGUAGUUUUAAUAGAUCACUGUGAUUUAUUCUGUCACACUGCAGUGCUUUCACGUUUUUAUUUAUCUCAUGCUUCAAAACCAUGGGAAUAGAUGACUGUUUACAGAUUAUGGUGUGGUUUCAUCAUAGACGCCGUGAUAACAGGCGUCAGCUUUAUGUAUUAGGAACCUUUUUUUAUAAAAGAUUCUAUUUGUUCCUGUUUCAGGGAAUUUGAAUUUAAAUGUGGCAUAAAAUUCCUUUCCUUUCAAAUCUAUCGACUUCCACGUCUGCAAUGCGUACUGCACUGACCUGUUUGAAAUGAAUUAUGUCUGCUGUUACAGUUUCGAGGAAGGAGGAUGGCCACUGUUUGUCACUGAUAUUUAAUGAUAAAAGUAUUUAUGCUUUUCUGUAAUGCAAAACAAUGUUUGCGUUUUUAAAUUAAAUACUGAAAUAUA